CUCGUAUUCUAACUUAUUUGCAAACUAUAAGUGUAGGUUGACGAUUUUCUUUUAUAUUAUUAUUUUUAGGAUUGUAUUGGUGCCAUAGAUGGAGUGCAUGUUGAGGCUUCAAUACCACCUCCGGAUCAAGUUCCAUACAUUGGUAGGAAAGGAAUACCGACUCAAAAUUUUAUGGCUGCAUGUAAUUUUGACAUGCAAUUCACAUUUGCUUGUGCCGGAUGGGAAGGCACUGCACAUGAUACAAGGGUUUUUCUAUCCGUGCUACGGAAUCCAAAUUUAAACUUUUCUGAGCCUCCAAAUGGAAAAUAUUACUUGGUAGAUGCGGGGUACCCACAAAUGAGAGGUUAUUUGGGACCAUAUAAAGGUGAAAGAUAUCACCUUCCGGACUUUCGUAGGGGUGCCGAACCAACGGGUCACAAAGAGGUAUUCAACCACAGACAUUCUUCUCUUAGGAGCAUCAUUGAACGAACUUUUGGGGUAUGGAAGAAAAGAUGGGCAAUUUUAAGGGAUAUGCCUAAUUACCCGUUCAAUAAGCAAGUGAAGAUUGUCAUUGCUACAAUGACUCUUCAUAACUACAUACAGAGGUAUUCUGAACGUGAUCGUCAUUUUGAUGACCCCAGGGACUUUUGCGAAGAAAGCGAUAGUAGUGAUGAUGAUGAUGAUGAAUAUCAAAAUUAUCAAGUUGAAGGAUCACAUGAGAUAGAGGCAUUAAGAAAUAGAAUAGCAACAAGUUUGAUGAAUGCAUAUAAUUAGACUACUUUCAAGUACAUUAACAAUAUUGUACUAAUGAAUCCUAGCUAUUCACUCUAAAAUAUUUCUAUUAAAGUAGUUUGUUAUACUAAUUAAUAUUUAAGAUAAAGUUUAUAAAUAUUUUUCUUCUAAAAAUAAAAUAUAUUUAGUAAUUCACUUUUAUUUGUUAAGAAAAUUAAAU